UGAUGAUACUUAUAAUGAUAAAAACCAUGUCAAUAGCGAAUCACUAUUUUUAACACGUUUAGUACAUUAAAAUCAGUUAGCUUAACAGAAUAAAUUGUUGCGCUUUAUUUAAAAAAAAAUAAUAAAAAUGAAAGUGCCCAAAAUAUUAAAGUCAGUGAGGUAUACAUUAGCUGGCGUGAAUACUAUUUAUUGGCUAACGGGAGUCCUACUUUUAAUCGUCGGAAUAGUUGCGGUUGUGGAGUAUUCAUACUACAAUACAUUGCUGACUAGACGGUUUAUUACACUGCCAGGAUUUGUCAUUGCUACUGGGGUGAUCAUAAUCCUGACGUCAGUACUAGGAUUUUAUGGGGCUGUUUCUGAAAACUUCUAUUUUAUUGCUGCGUAUGUAGUACUUUUGCUAACGACUUUGGUGUUCGAGAUCGUAAUGACGGUUGUAGCAUUCGGAUUAAAAAAUGAUGCUGUUUCGGAAAUCCGAGCUCCGAUGAUACAGAGCGUGCAGUUUUACGAAACACGGCGAGACAUCGCUAAACUAUGGGACGAUUUGCAAAUGGAAUUCGAAUGUUGCGGUGUGGCUGGUCGCCACGACUGGGCGCGCGACCGCAUCCCGGUCAGCUGCUGCCACAUUGAUUAUGGCACGGUCUCGCCGUUCGUCUGCACUACCGCCAACUCUUACCUCGUUGGCUGCGCGAGCGUCCUCGGCGAAUGGUUGAGUUACUACGCAUAUGUCAUUGGUGUUGUCGCAGCAAUAGUUACCGGUGUGCAGCUGCUGAUCACUGUCGCAUCUGGCUGGUUGGCGUGGAGGUCGAAGUACGAGGAAGUCGAAUUGGAGUCUUAGAUUAAGCCAGUUAGAGUAAUGUUUUAAGCACCUUAGUUAAAUUAGGAUUACAAUGGUCAGUG